AUGUAUGUUGCCCUCUUAGCAGAGAGUAUAGAGAUCAGUCAAAACAAUGAGGAAGCAAAAAUUAUAAUACUCGGAGACUUCAAUGAUAAAAUUGGUAGUUUAAUUACUAACGGUGAUGAUACUACUAACUAUAACGGCCAAGGCCUUAUUGAUUUUAGUAAUGAUAGCGAUCUACAUAUUGUAAACUGUAGUGAUAAAUGCACUGGUAAGUUUACCUGGUUCCAAAACCAACAUAAAAGCAUACUAGAUUAUGGCCUUGUUUCAAAUAAUGUUUACGAUAACAUAAAGGAAUUCUUAAUCGAUGACCAUGGUAUUUUCAACUUAGGCAGUGACCAUAAUAUGAUCACUAUCGAAAUGGAUAUUCAACCAACACACAAAAUUCAAACCGUGAAAACCAUUGAUUACUGUUGGAAUAUAAAACAUGAUCAAGAUUGGAUACCGUUCCAAGAAGAUCUUGUUUCUAGAUUUAAUAACUGGGACCCUGAUCAGUUAAGUGCUAAUGAAGCAUGGGACACAUGGAAAUCUCGCGUCCUAUUCUCCGCUAAAAAUACUAUAGGAUAUAAAAACAAACCUAAUAGCAAACCAUGGUUUGAUAAUGAAAUUGAAAUUGCUAUUAAAAAAAGAAAAGACACUUGUCUAAAGUAUAUGUGA